AUGAAGGGCAUCACUUCGGCCGCUCUUCUUUCCCUGCUCGCCUUGGCCCAGGCCCAUCCUCAGGGUUUGUGGUGGGGCACUGAUACGUGCUAUACUAGCCCCGAUAACACUGACAACGAGUGCACGGACGAUCAGCAGAACGGCUUCGACUGGUCUGAUCUCAUCGACGGCUCGUUCUCCCACUACGGCGGCUUUGAGUUCUCUGGCUUCGCCAAGAAGGACAAGGGUGAAUUCGGAUCUUGCAUCGAGGGUAAGCUCUCCGGAGGACUGAAGUUCUCUCGUGGAGACAGCUUCUCCGUGAGCGGCUUCCGUCUCUCGACCUCCAAGGAGGCCAAUGUCAAGAUCAGCUUUGGCAUGCCCGAUGGCUCAACCUGCAAGAGCGUCGCUUCUUGCUCGCCCGAGGGUACCGAUGUCUCCAACGACCAGUGCGGUGGUGCCACCUCCGUCAGCUUCGAGUCUGAGGACGAGGACGACUGUGACCUGGGCAUCCACUCCAUUGACUUUGACUGCUCUCCUGGCGAGAAGCCGCCGACCACUCACUCUCAUUCCCACCCGGGCCCUACUGCCACUCCCUCGGUCACUCCCUCGGAGACUGGCGUGAGCCCUGGCUCGUCGUCCACUCCGGUCAUCCCCGUCCCGCCUUCCUCGGGAUCCGUCACCGUCCCAGCGCCCAGCACCCCCGUCCAGAUGACCACCUCCACGGUCUACACGACCAGCGAGGUUACCAUCACCAGCUGUGCGCCGACGGUGACCAACUGUCCCGCGGACUCGACCACCGUCGUCACCUCCACCAUCGCGGUGUCGACCACCGUCUGCCCCGUGACUGAGACGCAGCCUACCGGACAGAGCACUUCGGUGCCGGCGCCGACGGGCAGCUCCCCCGUGGGAAGCUCCUCCCCGAGCGGCCCUGCGCCCACCUCGUCUCCGGCCACGCCCACCGGCGCGUCUCCCACGACCCCGGGCGCCGAGGAGUCCACCACCACGGUCAUCACCUACGAGACCGUGACCACCUGCCCGGUCACCACGACUGCGACAGCCAGCGGCACCGUGACCACCUCCGUCUACAGCACGGUCUCCACCAUCACGGUGACCUCCACUGCCACCGUGUGCAACAAGUGCACCGCGACCACGCCCACCGGGGUCGCCCCCGUCACCACCCCGACGCACGGCGUCACCACCGUCGUCACCUACGAGACCGUCACCACCUGCCCCGUGACCAAGACCCUCUCGGCCAGCGGCACCCAGAUCACCUCGGUGUUCAGCACCAUCUCCACGGUCACGCUCACCUCGACCAGCGUCUCGGUGCCGUCGUCGCCCGCGCCCGCGCCCUCGGCGCCCUGCCCCAACGUCGUGCCCAAGUGCAUCAACACCUGGCUGACCAUCCCCAAGUGUGCAUCUAACAUCGACACCAGAUGCUUCAGUCCCGUCGUCCGACUUCACCAACAAGGUCAUCGCGUGCAUCCAGGCUGGGGAGCUUAA